GCCACGGUCAUGAAUGGCUGGGAGGAGUUCCUCAACCGCGACGCCCGAGGCACGGAGGUCUCCUGGAGCACCUACGUCAAGUGCCAGGCAUGCGAGGAGCGCCCCGCGGCGAGGGAGGCGGCCCUCAGGGCUGGCCGGAGGGCUGCAGCGGCAGAGCCUGCCCGGGCACCCGCAAUCAGGGCCGCCCUCCAGCUGUGGGGGGAGCUCGUCUCGGAGCACCCCGGAGCUUUGGGGGACACGCCCGCUUUCCGCUGGGGACCCCGCUUCAAGGAGGUGUUCGCGGGAACCGCGGGGGUGGCCCGCGCGGUGGAGCGGCUGGGCAUCCAGGCGGAUGAGCCCGUGGAGUUGUACCGGAACCCCCUGCGCCCCAAGGAGUCCGAGAGGAGGGAGGACCACGACCUCUCGAACCCCGACGUCGCCGAGGCCCUGGUCAAAGAGGCAGAUGCUCCCCCGGGCCCGGGAGUGGCCAACGUGUGGAUGUUCGAAAACCCGUGUACCUCCUUCUGCGACCACAACACCAAAGGGGGCACCCGCACCUGGGAGAAGCCGGAGGGGACCGGUGUAAACGGCAAGGAG